ACUGUAAGCGUCUGUCACUGGUUUAUGUGAUGUCCCCCCCAUAGAAAACGGUGUUGGUAAAUGUCACAAACAUUUGUUGUGGAACUAGUUCACAAUAAACAAUUUUGUUUUAAGACAAACUAAUACAUGUAGUGAAUCCUACAUUGAACAGACUCGAAUAUUAUAAGCGAACUGUGGAGCUAGUUCAAUGAACUAACAAAGAAUUAUAUGUUUAACCGGUCAUUGAAAUUGUGGAACUAGAAUGGUCAGGAAAUAUAAUAUGGAACUAGUUCUAGCAUAAUCUAUGGAUUUAACUUAAGCGGAACUUAUUUAAUUACUGCUGCUGUGGCCAAUGUUCUUGUUAAUAACUGGUAACUGUGGAACCAGUUCAAUGAACUAACAAAGAAUUAAUUAUUUUCACCUGUCAUCGGCUUGGUUUGGCCAUAAAAAAUCAGCUGGAAGCAGUUCCAGCAUAAUAUUUGGGUAUAAUACAAUCGAAAUUAAUUAAAUGAACGCUGCUGUGGCAUGAACUUACAAGCAACACAUUCAAAUUGAAAUGCUUUAAAGGUCAGCGAAUGACAAGAAGAUUUCCGGCAGGCGGCGACGCAUUGCUCGAAAUAGAAGCACUAAGUGCAGGCCAAAAGCGAAUUGUUACUCCUGCUGCUCGACCACAUCCCAAUUAUGAACAAGCAGCAACGACUGCGUCGCUGUCGCCGUCGCAGUCAACAAAUACGUUGGGAUGGUUUAAAUGAGGAAAUUAAGACAAAUACAAAUUCAAUUUAUGUUGCCAUUGUCUCUGUGUGCGUGCGUGUGUGCUUGUGUGCCUUUUGCUAAUUUUAAAGAACAACAUUUUCAUCUUUCGACAAAAAUUUCGUAAAAUUUGUGUCGCGCAAAAUGAAAAGCUCUCAGUCCUGGCCGAAAAUCGCAACGAUGUAGACACGCCGCGCGCAACCACAACGGGCCCCAGUGCAAAUAUAGAGCAAGAGUUUUAAAUAUCACGCAGAGUGGUUGGAACCUCAAGACUAGACCACUAAUUAGACAAUGUGCUGGAAGAGCAUUUGAGAGAAGGCUGUAAGAAAGAAAUAACUCAGACUCAAACCGCGGAGCAGGCAAAUGCAAAGCUCUUUUGCAAGAAUUUUCAGUAGUGCGAAAAAUAAAAAUAAAAUUAAGAAAAAAAAGAAAGGAAAAUUAUAAAUUCAAUGUCCAAUCGCGACGGCGGCGGCUGCUUUGGUGAUGCUUAAAAAUAGCCAACGACCACGAACCACAAAACGACAACGAAACUAAGACGAACAAAAGCGAAAAGACAACAACAACAACAACAACAACAACGAGCAGCAGUAGAAGAACGUCCGGCGUGAACGGAUUACGACCCAGGGCCAAGUAAAUAGGAAAAGCUGCAGCUGCUCAUCGCAUCCGAUGCUCAAUUCGAGGCGCUCGGCCUCGGUGGGCGCUCUGCCCGCUGAGAAGAAGCAUUUUGUGUCGCGCGUGGAGAGCGCCAGCGGCGCCUCUUUGGAUGUUCGCUGCGCCUGUCAGUUUUUCCAGUGCGACUCGCUGCUGCCGGAGCGCGUGAAUCCCGUAGACUCACGACCUGGCUCUAGGCAGGGUCAGCACAGCGAUGAACAAUAUCAUCUACAGCGGGAUGAUCUGUCCAUGCACAGCUUCGAGGUAAUUAGCCAUGCGGACGUGGCACCUUCAGUGGACUUGAGCUUUAUGGAACGCUAUCCAGAGCUGGAGCAAACGGCGCGUUCGCGUGGCUUGGUCGUGCGCAGCAUCUCGGAUGCUACGGAGCCAGAUUUGCCGGGCAGCCAAGGUGCUCUGGUGGCUGGACGACGUCGCCAGCUGUCGAUGGGCGGCCUGUCCUCGGGCAGCGUUGGACGCUUUGGCGAUACCCUGUCCAUGCGCAGUGGCACCUCCUUGCGUCGCAUCUCGGCGGCCAAUUCCAAGACGGAUCUGUAUUGUGCGGACAUUAAUAUACCCACGACCAUGGGCCGCACAGCGGCAGGUCAACGCUCCGCCAGCGCCAGUCGACGCACUUCCAAUGCGGAUCUGUUCCAGGCCAGCAUAUUGCCGGGAUCAAUGCAGCCGCCACAGUUGAAUCUGAUUGCCGCCACGCCAACUCCGGGCAUGUCAGACAUGCCUCCGCAAUUUCACAGUCAUCAGUCCUCGCCAGCGCCAGCGACUCACGACUUUCGCAAUGCCAAACCGCCUUUGUCGCCGGAUUACAUGCGUCCCAGUGCUGCCAACAAGGAAAACCAGAAUCCGGGCGCAACGCUGCCUCAGAACCGGCCCAUUGACGUUUCGCGCUUUGGUUGCGAUGCAGUGCGUCCUUCGUUUCUCCUGGAAUCGGAUUUAAAGCCGCAGCAAAAUCCUUAUCAGCCCACGGUCUCACCCAUGGAUCCACUAGCCGAGACUGUGGCCGAACUGGAACAGCUUGCCCAGGAGCAUAAUCUUGUGAAUAUCCGGGACAACAUCCAAACACAGACCAGACGCCCACCGUCCAUUGGCAGCGAAAUGAGCGCAAAGCCACUGCAGGUGGAUGAGCAGACCAAGAUUGAGAUUGUGCGUGAUAUACCCGUUGUGGACAUCGAUGCACUGGUGCAGGGCGAGGAGCUAAGGGCGGUCGAGCAUCGUAGUCGCAGUCCCAGACCCACAAGGCGUGCCAAGUCGCCGCAGCCUCAGCCACCGCAAGCUCCGACACCGAUGGCCACGCUGCAGCUGCCAUCAAGUCGACCAUCAAGUCCAACGCCCACUGCGCCGCCAGCUGCAACAACAGCUCCAGCUCCAACUCCUGCUCAACAGCUCAAGCGCCAACACACACCCGAACGUCAGCUGUCGCCGGAGCGUGCCUCCAAGUGGCAGCCUAUGUCCAGUUCACCGCCGGCUACUAUCGUGGGCGCCAUUAAUCUGCAAGAGGCCUCACCCGAGGUGAAGAGUACCUAUGCCUCGCGCUUCAAGUCCAUGUUCAGCUCAAAGCCGCAAGAGCCGCGCCAAAAAUCUCCUACUCCUCAACGCUCGCGCUCACCCUCGCCCUUUGUGGAGCAAUCCCACUCGCCCCAUCGGGAAAAGUCACCCUCACCUAGCAAGCUGCUAUCCGUAUUUUCCAAGGGCAAGCCCCAGCCCAUGUCCAUUGUCAACAGCUCGGCGUCUGUGAUGAAGCGCCAGGAAGCCGAGCCACUUUCGGUGCGUGUUACAGAGACAUUCUCGCUGAAAGUGGACGACAUGGAUCAGUACAGCGCGCGCCCAGCCAAGCCAUUGGCGCCCCCACCGCAUGCCCAGACCAUGUACAGCAGCCGGGAGGACUUUGCCGCUUCGGAGCGUGCUUCGGUGGACAUAAGCGAGGCCUUCGCGCCGGUGGUGGUAUCCGCAGUGCCGAGGGGCACCAUCAGUAGCAUUGGCGGCGCCAGUUUUAUAGCGGGCAACAGAAAUCUCUAUUCCAGCGAGAUUGAGAUGCCCGGAAUGAGCUGGUCGCAGAGCGAAUCCGAGUUUCGGCAUUCGAGCAGUAAGGAUCCCUCGAUUGUCAGCCAUGGCAGUCGCCCGCUGAUAUCCGUGCCCAUUCAGAUAACGGGCAGUGGCAGUCAGGUGUAUCGACCAUUGCGUGCGCCAUCGGAGCAACGCUUUGGGCUGCAGAGCAAAUCCUCGUUUAGGGAGCCACGCACACAGUCGCAUGAUCGUAGUAGCCGCUUGACCGGCUCCCAAGAGCAGCUCUAUGGGUCGUCGGCUCGCAUGACAAAGACGGUUAGUUUCAAUUUUGAUGAGCGUAGAUCGCGUCUUGCGGAAUUUGAGUCCGUCGAUUCGCCCCUAACCCAAAAGCAUAAAGAACACAGAGACUUCCUCGAGCGGACCUAUUUCUCUCGUGAUCAUGAAUACGAGCCCGUGGGCAUGUCGCCGGCGCGCGAAAUUGCAUCUUCGCAGGCAACAACGCCGGCGCCCGCCCAAAACGGCAGCAGCCUCCAGCUACCCAUGGACAUUGACAUUGAACAGAGCUCAGCUGAAACAACGCCACGCACCGAAUCUCGCACGGACUAUGAAAUACACACUAGCCAGGUGGAUUCGAGCGCCCUUGAGGAGUUGCCACUACAACCGGAGAAUCGCAAGAAGAGUUUCAUGGCUUCCGCCCAAGAUCGCACGCGCAAAAUGCAGAAUGGUCUACGGAAUCAGGCGGGCAAGCUGCGCACCAAGUUGCGCACGCAGCCCAAGCCGAAACCCGUUUCGGGCAGCCCGAAGGCCAAGGCCAAGGAGCGCAGACGCUUUGCGCCCGAAUUCUCGAAAAUCAAGAUGCCUGAAAUAAAGCGGCCCGACAUGUCCAAAUUGAAGGACCUAAAGCGACCGGAAUUUACCAAGUUUAAUAAGCCUGACAUGUCCAAGUUUAAGUUGCCAGAGAAAUUCUCCACGCUCAAGCUGCGACGCAGCAAGAGCUUUAAGGAAAACGAGUCCGAGCUGCCCACAGAGUCGACGGAUUCGCCGGCCACAACGGCUGAUGCGGCGCCUGCGCCAGCAAAGAAAAAGUUCGAGUUCAACUUCGGCACCUAUCCGCGCGCCUUUCGCAAGAAGAAUCCCGUCGAGGAGCCGGCACCGCCCAUGGAAUCCUCGCUGGGCACAGAGCGUCUCAGUCUUAGUGUGAUACCCAGCACUGAGACGCAGCCCUCUCAAACGUCCACCAGCUCACCGCAGGGUGACCGUGGACCUGGUCCCGUGCGUUCCCGCUGGGCGGACAAGUUCUCCGAUGUGAGCUACAAUGACAGCGAAGGUUCGCGCUACAGGCGUUACGGCAGCGAGCUAGAAAGCUUCGAUAGGGAAUCCUCGCUGGAGCGACGCAUGAAGGAGGAUUUGGAAGAGGACACGGCCAGCGAGGCGCAGCCACAAACCCAGAUGGGCAUCUUAAGCGGCGUUGCGGAUAGCAAACAGUUUGCCGAAUUUGAUGAGGAAAAUCGUGCCAUACACGAGAUCUCUAGCCAGCGCACCAGGGAGUUCAAGCGCCGACCCAUGGUGCAUCAGGACUCAGACCUACGCUCCGAGGACAGUCACGAUGCCGAGGGCUGGACCGAGAAAGACAUACAGAAGAACAAGCUCUUGCGCAAGGCCGAACUGGAUGCCGAGGCUAGCUACUAUAAAUACCACGAAAUGCAGGAUGCCCAUUCUACAGCCAGCUCCGGCAAGAAGGUUGUCAUGGAGCAGAUCGAUGAUGACGAGUUCUUUUUGCGGAAACGUGGCAUCUCCGAGGAUAACAUCCAAUUGCGUCAAUACAUAAGCGAUGCCAUUCGCGAGGGCUACGAACUGCCCAACGCACUAAGGCACGUGGGUCACCCGGCCAAGCCGGAUAGCGAGCAGCCCGAGCAGUACGGCGAUUACGAUGUGCCGCCGCCUAAGCCACGCCGUCUGCACCGCAACUAUCGUCCAGACAUUGAGGAUUCACAGGAGUUUCAGCGCAGCGAGUAUGGCGAUGAUUUGUCUAUGUCGCAGAAUGGCAGCGACUUUUUGCCCAAGCGACCGCUGCGCAAGGGGCGCAGUCGUAGCAAAUACUCCAUGGAGGGCAGCCAGGAAAUACCCCUGGCCGAUGGUGGCAGCAGCAUACAGUACUUUGACGACGACGAGGAUUAUCUCAGACCGCCCAUGCACGAACAGGCAACCGAGUCGGAGCAGGCACUAAACAAUCUCAACUAUGGUGGCGACGUUGCCGUGACAGCAGCCAAGCUGCCAGCUCAACAGAGCCGACCACAGGCGCCCAGACGCCAAAAGAAACGCACACGCGACGAUGCUUCCGUUGAAAAGGACGCAGAUUCGUUUAUCAAUGGUUUUGGUGGUAGAUCAGUAUCGAACACCUUUUUGCAGCCACAGGAAGAUGUAAUUGUUUAUCGCACUGAGCACGAAUAUCAUCAUCAAAUACCGCUAGCCACGCCCGACACCUUUACGGACGGAACCUCGGCGCGCACUCAGCGCUCCGAGGAUGAGCGCACUUCACGCGGCGCCGAAUCGCUGAUCCUUGAUGUGCACGCCAAGCCAGAACUGCAGAGCAAAGGCUUUGCGCCAAGAACUGAGGGCGAAGACAAGUUUGUCAUCGAUAUGCUGGAGAGCGAUGGCUAUGCCGUGGUGCGCAAGGAGCCGGUGCCAAAGCCGACGCCACCCGCGCGCCGCAAGAAGUUUAUGCGCUCGCCGGGCGAACGUUUUGCCACGUUGCCCAGCAUACGCGGCUCGCGUGGCUCUCCGCCGCCGGCUCGCCCACCGCCGCCGCAGGAGUACACGCCUAGCGAAGACUCGCCACUGCCGCCCCGUCGCAGAUCGGCCGCCAGUCUGGAGGAGAUGCCCACUGGGCUGUUGCUCAAGUCAAACUACGCGACACUGCCGUCCGCACAGCCGGUGCGGGAGCAACAGCCGCAUCAGGAGGAGGAGGAUGAUUAUGAGGAGCCGGGAGCAUUGCAGCGACCAGAAUCGCCGCGCAACAAUCUACAGUCCGGCGAGGUCAUCAAUAAAAUGAAGUUCCGACCGUUGCCAGCGCCGCCACGCCCACCGCGUGAAAAGCGUUCGACACGUGGCGGCAGCGGGCUGGAUAUCUACGAGGACAGCGAGCGUGUGGCCAACUCCUCCACGGCAGACAGUUGCGAGCAGGGCGAGUUCGAAGUGGAGGUAUCCACGCAAACGGAUCCACUACCCGAUGAUUUUGUGUGCGAGGAGUUUGAGAUAACCGAGGACAUGAAGAUCAUAGAGCCUCGUCGCUCCACAGGGGGCAAGACGACGCUGGAGGAUCUGCUGCGCAGCACGCAGGCACAGGAGUCAGAUGAGGUGGACAGCUCACGUGUGCUCACCGAGGAUGAGCAGCUAGCCAGGGGACUGCAACGUUUCCGCGAUGCCAAUCAGCGCAGCCUGUCGGAACGUUCACGUGCAUCCUCUCAAGCGGAUCGCUCCAAGUCACUGAGUCGCCCACAGACUCCGUCCUCAGCGGUUAUCAUAGAGCGACGCGUGCCUACACCAAGUAUCGAGGGAGAUGCCACGGUGCAAGCGGCGCUCAUUGUGCGGCCCAUAAGCGCCGCCGAUCUGGAGGAUGAGGAGCUGCGCCGCGAGGAGGAGGAGCUGAGGCGCGAGGGCCUACUCUCCGAUAGCUCAGUGCAAAGCAAAUCCGAUGUGGAAACGGCUGGAGAGGAGGAGGAGCAUGGCGAGGUUGCUCUCAGCGAUUACGCAGCCAGUUCGGCUGAUUUGGAUGCAGCCGUGGAGCAACUGCAGCAGGCGCAGCUCGAGAGCGACUACGACAGCAAGCUGGAGGAUGAUGAAGUCGAGCGUACGCUGCGAGAGAGUGAAUACGACGAAGAGGAUGAGGACGCUGGCGAGAAGUACUCGGACCAGUACGACGAGGAAGAAGGUUCGCAAGGUAAACCAGAAUCUACAGAGCAGGAGCUGGACGAAGAGCUGGAGAAAGAGCUGCAAGAGGAAAUGGAAAAAAUGCUGGCAGAGUAUCGCCAAGCUGAGAUAAGGGAAUCGAGAGCAAAGGCGCUCGCAGAAGAGCUGCCAACAUCCGAAGAAGAUCAUAUACCUUCCGAAGAGGACAUAUUGUCUGAUACGGAACAGGUGCUAUCCGAAGUGGAGCAGGUACUAUCCGAAGCACAGCACGCGCUAUCCGAAUUGGAACCUGCACUAUCCAAAGUGGAGCACGCCCUAUCCGAAGGGAAACCACUGCAAGCCGAAAAAAUAGAAGUGGAAGAGGUGCCCAUCAAAAGAGCUGUUGCGCACGAACCCACAGAGGCCGAAGUUGAUGCCAAAUUCGUAGCCACUUUACCCACCGAGCCUGCUACCGGCCACAGCCAGGAGUUGCUGGCGGCAGAGGAAGAACCAGAGGCGACACCCUUGCCGCCUCCACGUCGUAAGUCCACCACACAACUAGAACCGGCUUCCAGCGAAACAUUGACCAUCGCAGAACAGAUCACACCCGAGCUGACACCCGUUCGGGCGCUGCAAUCUCCACCAGAAGCGCAGCUGCCGACCCACAUACCGGAAUUGGAGGUGGAACGGCUGCGGGUGCACGCACUACAGGCUGGACAGAUUCAAGUCUCGCAGCUGCAUGGCACGCAAGUCAGCGCCGAUGAGCUGGCCUGCAAAUCGGGUCAAUUGGUGGUGCAGAACAUAAAUCUGCCACCAGGUUUCAUUGAUGACAUUGUGGAGCGCGUCAAGGAGCAGCGCCCAUCGCUGCUGACCAGCGAGACGCAGACGAGCCGUCAGCCCAGCAGUGAACCCACCGCUAGCGAUGUGGAGAAACCCACCAAACCACCCCGCCAUGGCAAAGCCGCUGAGUCAACGACUGCAGCAACCCAGAACAAUCUCGACGAGCAAACGCAGACAGAAGCCGCCAUGCUGCCAUUGCCCCCACCACCAGCUGUGUAUCCCAGCGUAGAGUAUUUGCAAUCCCUGGCUCCUUUGGCCUUUUACAAUUUGCAACGCAGUGCCGAAGCGGAGCAGGCGGAAGCGGCGUCUGGAAGUGCGGAGCGCAAGGCUCCGCAUAAAUGCCGACGUCGCCAUGUGCAGCAGGAACAGCAUCAGCAGGAGCAUGACACCGACUCAGAGCUUGAUGAGCAGCUGGUGGAACGGCCACGUUCUCGAUCCCGUCGUUCGCGCACGCGCAGUGCCACACAGCCGCUAGAGGAUUAUGACGAAGAUCAGCCCAAGACAGUGGUGCAGGCGGGUCGACAGUUUCUCUCCGUUUGCAGCCUGGAGCUGGUCAACAUUAUCAAUCAACUGACGCACUUUGUGCGCGGCGAUGCGGCAGUGGAAGCGGCACAACAGCCCAGAAAUAUAUCUGCGCUCAUGGUGCUUUUUAUAUUGAUAACUUUUGGUGUGCUCGUCUUUUUGCUGACGGGCCGCCAGGUGCAUACACAUCACUGGGACUACUUCAAUCCGCCUGGCAACGAAGGCAGGCAAACGUGAAAAGAGCUCCCCAAACUUUGGACUUUUGUUGCUUGGCAUUUGUAUGCCAAAUGAUACUUGGGCAAUUUUGCAUUUUGGAGCAUGAAACGAAUUUAGAAAGCGGCCAAAAGCGACCGCUCGAAACCAAAGGCCUUAACCUUAAUGAUAUAUUCUACAUACUAACUCAAAAUACUUUAGGAAGGAAGCAAAGUGGACAAGAGGCGUUGCCUGUGCUACUCUACUACUAGUCGCAGUUUAACAAUUAAUCAAUCGAACAACAACAAUCAAUCAAUCCCUGUUCAGACAUCAUCAAACAGUGCAACAACAUACCGACUUAUAUAGAACAUACACAUAUAUCUCAUACUAACCGAACAAUUCAACAAAAAUAUCAUGUUUUUUUUUUUACAAUACUACCAACAACAGCAACAAUAACAACAACAACGAUCAUGUAUUAAAUAUGUACUUAAACUAAGUGGAAAAUCAUUUAUCAGCUACCUGAUAUGGUGAGCAGUCCAAGACGGGCUCAAGUUUGUUGGCGGACACACAGUCUACUUAUUUAUGCUAAUAUUACAAUUUUGUUCGCUCACUUUUCUAUUUUUGCAACACAAAGUGAAGAAAUUCAAUUGUUCAAUGCUUAAAAAUCGAUUGUUGGUUUCUUAUUUAAACCUGAUUUUAGGUAUAAUAUAUUAAAGAUGAAUCGUUUAAAUUCUCAUGAAUUCAUAAGAACACUUUAUCUUUGAUUUAGACCGCGAGUACUUAGCAAGAGGGUGAACUUAUGUAAGUACAUUAUAUAUACUUAUAGACGCGUAUUUGCAAUAAAGCAAGAAACUAUUUAAA